GCGCAGAGCAGCGCGUGUGCGCCAACCCCAGCACCGGCCCACACUGGGCUGGGAUUGUUGUACUCUGUCACCAGGGCAUCCUGGCUCCCGCAGCUCUGCGGACAGCGCGGGAGACCCGGCUACAAGGCCAGGGCGGCAGCGCACACCCGGAGCUGCACGCAGCCUGGAAGAGGCGUUCGCUAGCGUCACCUCGCCGCUUGGAACCUGAACAAGGCCGGAUCAAGGUUCUUGAGUCUACUUAAGAACAGAAGGAGAAGAAUGUGAAGUUCAUAGGAUUACAAUGCUGUCCUCUUGCUGAUCACCAAAAGUGCCUGAGAUUUGUCUGAGACCCAGUGGGUCUAUACAAGACUGUGGAUGUUAUCUGAAGCAGCAUAAUAUUCCCCUGAGCUGAGAUACUUCACUUGGUACUGGUUCUAUGUUACAAGAAGGACCAUGGCAACCUCCCGGGCAUCUUCCAGGUCUCAUCGGGACAUCACCAAUGUGAUGCAGAGGCUACAAGAUGAACAAGAGAUUGUGCAGAAACGCACCUUUACAAAAUGGAUCAAUUCUCACCUGGCCAAGCGGAAGCCUCCCAUGGUGGUGGAUGACCUUUUUGAAGACAUGAAAGAUGGCAUCAAGCUGCUUGCUCUACUGGAGGUCCUGUCUGGGCAGAAACUGCCUUGUGAACAAGGACACCGGGGGAAACGAAUUCAUGCUGUGGCUAACAUCGGUACUGCGCUCAAGUUCCUUGAAGGAAGGAAGUCCAUGUACAGAGGAUCACCGAUUAAGUUAGUCAACAUUAAUGCUACUGAUAUUGCGGAUGGCCGACCAUCAAUCGUUCUGGGACUGAUGUGGACCAUUAUCCUGUAUUUCCAGAUAGAAGAGCUGACCAGCAACCUACCCCAGCUGCAGUCUCUGUCCAGCAGCGCCUCCUCUGUUGAUAGCAUGGUCAGCACUGAGACGGCCAGCCCACCCAGCAAACGCAAAGUGGCUACCAAGGUCCAGGGAAAUGCCAAGAAGACUCUAUUAAAGUGGGUCCAGCACACAGCAGGCAAGCAGAUGGGAAUAGAAGUGAAAGACUUCGGCAAGAGUUGGAGAACUGGGUUGGCCUUUCAUUCAGUCAUCCACGCUAUCCGGCCUGAGUUAGUGGACCUGGAGAAGGUGAAGAAUAGAUCUAACAGAGAAAACCUGGAGGAUGCCUUCACUAUCGCUGAGACGCAACUGGGCAUCCCCAGACUACUUGAUCCCGAAGAUGUGGAUGUGGACAAGCCGGAUGAGAAGUCUAUUAUGACUUAUGUGGCCCAGUUCCUAACACAGUACCCUGAUAUUCGUGGUGCAGGCUACGAUGUGCAAGAGAAUGAUAGGGAUGACAGACUAAUUUUGAAGGAAACAAAAGUUUGGAUAGAACAAUUUGAGAGAGAUUUGACGAGGGCACAGAUGACAGAGUCGAAUCUACAGGACAAAUAUCAGUCAUUUAAGCACUUCAGAGUUCAAUAUGAAUUGAAAAGGAAACAGGUGGAACAUAUAAUACAGCCAUUGCAAAGAGACGGCAAACUGACACUCGACCAAGCCUUGGUCAAACAGUGCUGGGAGAGAGUGUCAUCCAGGCUCUUCGACUGGCAUAUACAGCUGGAUAAAUCUCUCCCUGCACCUCUGGGCACUAUAGGUGCUUGGCUAUACAGGGCAGAGGUGGCCCUGAGAGAGGAGAUCACCAUUCAGCAGGUCCACGAGGAAACAGCAAACACAAUCCAAAGGAAACUUGAACAACAUAAGGAUCUGCUCCAAAAUACAGAUGCCCACAAAAGAGCAUUCCAUGAAAUCUACCGGACCAGAUCUGUCAAUGGGAUCCCAAUGCCUCCCGAUCAGCUAGAGGACAUGGCCGAGAGGUUUCAUUUUGUGUCCUCCACAUCCGAGCUGCAUUUAAUGAAAAUGGAGUUUCUCGAACUGAAGUACCGUCUACUGUCCCUGCUGGUCCUCGCUGAGUCAAAGCUGAAGUCUUGGAUCAUCAAGUAUGGGCGGCGAGAGUCCGUGGAGCUGCUGCUGCAAAGCUAUAUCUCUUUUAUAGAAAACAGCAAGUUCUUUGAACAGUAUGAAGUGACAUACCAGAUCCUGAAACAGACUGCUGAGAUGUACGUCAAAGCCGAUGGCUCAGUGGAAGAAGCUGAGAAUGUGAUGAAAUUCAUGAAUGAAACCACGGCCCAGUGGAGGAAUCUCUCUGUGGAAGUGCGGAGUGUGCGGAGCAUGCUGGAGGAGGUGAUCUCCAACUGGGAUCGCUAUGGUGACACUGUGGCUAGUCUUCAAGCCUGGCUAGAAGAUGCUGAGAAAAUGCUAAGUCAGUCAGAAAAUGCCAAGAAGGAUUUCUUUCGAAAUUUGCCUCACUGGAUUCAGCAGCACACAGCUAUGAAUGACGCUGGGAACUUCCUGAUUGAGACCUGCGAUGAGAUCGUUUCCAGAGACCUUAAACAGCAACUGCUCUUGCUGAACGGCCGAUGGAGGGAGCUGUUUAUGGAAGUCAAGCAAUAUGCAAGAGCGGACGAGACGGACAGAAUGAAGAAAGAAUGUACAGACGGCACUGCUGCCCUCUCUGCUUUUGCAGCCGAAGCCCACAGGAAACUCUCCGAGCCUUUAGAAGUCUCUUUUCUGAAUGUCAAGUUAUUAAUUCAAGACUUGGAGGACACUGAGAAGAGGGUGCCCGUGAUGGAUGCUCAGUACAAGAUGAUUGCCAAGAAAGCACAUCUCAUUGCCAAAGAAAGUCCCAAAGAAGAAGCCAAUGAAAUGCUUACAACCAUGUCCAGGCUCAAAGAACAGCUAUCCAAGGUCAAAGAAUGUUACUCCCCACUGCUGUACGAGGCCCAGCAACUGUCUGUCCCUUUGGAAGAACUGGAGACGCAAAUCACAUCCUUCUACGACUCACUCGGAAAAAUCAAUGAGAUCCUAGCAGUUCUUGAGCACGAAGCACAAUCUAGUGCUCUUUUUAAGCAGAAACACCAGGAACUGUUAGCUUGUCAAGAGAGCUGCAAGAAGUCCUUGACACUCAUUGAGAAGGGCAGCCAAAGUGUUCAGAAGCUCGUGACCUCGAGCCAGGCGUUAAAGCACUGGGAUCACACAAAACUGCAGAAGCAGAUAGCAGACGUCCAUCAUGCCUUCCAGAAUAUGAUAAAGAAAACUGGAGAUUGGAAGAAGCAUGUGGAAGCCAACAGUCGUUUGAUGAAGAAAUUUGAGGAGUCUCGUGCAGAGUUGGAGAAGGUGCUCAGGGCUGCUCAGGAGGGCCUGGAAGAGAAGGGGGACCCUGAGGAACUCCUUGGGAAACACACGGAAUUCUUCAGCCAGCUGGACCAGAGGGUCCUCAAUGCUUUCCUAAAAGCCUGUGAUGAGCUAACUGACAUCCUCCCAGAACAGGAGCAGCAAGGCCUGCAGGAGGCUGUUCGAAAGCUGCACAAACAGUGGAAGGACCUUCAGGGAGAAGCACCUUAUCAUUUGCUCCAUUUGAAAAUCGCCGUGGAGAAGGACAGAUUCUCAGCUGCUGUGGAAGAGUGCAGAGCUGAGCUGGAGCGAGAGACCAAGCUGGCUCCCCAGGAAGGCAGCGAGAAAAUCAUCAAGGAGCACAGGAUUUUCUUCAGUGACAAGGGUCCUCACCAUCUCUGUGAAAAGAGGCUACGGCUCCUAGAGGAACUGUGUGUGAAGCUCCCAGUCCGGGACCCAGUAAGGGACACAUCUGGAGCCUGUCACACAGCUCUCAAAGAGCUCAAAGCUUCCAUUGACAACACUUACAUGAUGCUCAUGGAUGACCCAGACAAGUGGACGGACUAUGCUAGCAGGUUUUCUGAGCUCUCCUCUUGGGUGUCUUCAAAGGAGUCAUGGUUGAAGAACAUCAAGGAUCAGCCCAUUGACACUGGCAACCACGAUGAGGUUAAGCGUGUGGCAGAUGAGAUGAGAAAUGACAUCACCAAGAAAGGAGAGAUUCUCAGCUGGCUGAAAUCCAGGCUUAAGCAUUUGAUUGAUGUUUCUUCAGAGAAUGAAGCCCAAAAGCGUGGAGAUGAGCUGGCAGAACUCUCAAGCUCUUUCAAGGCUCUUGUGGCUUUACUGUCAGAGGUUGAAAAGAUGCUAAGCAACUUCGGAGAAUGUGUUCAGUACAAAGAAAUUGUGAAAAGUUCCCUUGAGGGGUUGAUGUCGGGCUCCGAAGAAAGCAAGGAUGAGGCUGAGACCAUCCUUGACACAGAAAAUCUGUUUGAGGCACAGCAGAUGCUCCUGCGUCACCAGCAAAAGACAAAGACGAUCUCAGCAAAGAAGAGAGACCUCCAGCAGCAGAUGGAGCAAGCACAGCAGGGUGGGCAGGCAGGCCCAGGUCAAGAGGAGCUGCGGAAGCUGGAGAGCACCCUUACAGGCCUGGAGCAGAGCCGGGAGAGGCAGGAGCGUCGCAUCCAGGUCAGCUUGAGGAAGUGGGAGCGGUUUGAGACAAACAAGGAGACGGUGGUCAGAUAUCUUUUCCAGACAGGUUCCAGCCAUGAGCGCUUCCUGAGCUUCAGCAGUUUGGAAAGCCUGUCAUCAGAGCUGGAGCAGACAAAGGAGUUUUCUAAGAGGACGGAAAGUAUUGCCACCCAGGCUGAGAACCUUGUCAAGGAAGCCGCCGAGAUGCCACUGGGGCCCAGGAAUAAGCGCCUGCUUCAGCAGCAGGCCAAGUCAAUCAAGGAGCAGGUCAAAACCCUAGAAGACACACUAGAAGAAGAGUAUGUGCUUCACAACUUCUAAACUUUCCUCUCUGGGAUACAAUCCC